GGAACACACAUAACUGAGCAAAUAGGGAAGGGGCUUCGAGGGGUCCUGGGAGCAUCCCCGUGGGUCCUUCAGCCCAAUUCCCACCAGCCGUGUCCCAGGAUCCCCCCUAUCCUCUGCAGCAUUGCCUGAAGCCUGAGCAGAGUGAGCUGGAAUCUAUAACAAGGGGAAGGUGAUGACAUUGGGACCUGUGGCAGCCCCAGGCCCUCCGGGGAUCCUGGCAAAGGGUAUACAGGGUCACGCAGGACAUUUGGUAACCCGGCAAGAGAAGGGUUACUGUGUUCUAGUCCUUAAAGGGCCCCCUCCCAAAUUGUUCAAUACCCAACCCACCCCUGCCAGGGGAGGUCCUGCUGCCCUCGCACCCACAGCCCCAUGGGGUGGGCUGUCUACAGCCCUAGGGCGUCCUGGGCAUGGCCCAGGAAGGAGAGAAGGCCUCACCAUGAGGGCCUGUUGUCAGGUAAACACUAAUUAGGCCCCACGCACCCGGGAGGGCAACUCUGAAGGAUGAGGAAACCUGCAUGGGGAUGGGGGGAGGUGGCCUUAGAUGCCUGCCCCCUGCCUGGGACACAGGGACACAGGGACCUUCCUUCUAUGACUCCAGGCCAGCGGUGUUAUGUCCCCACAGCUCCGCAUCCCCCAGCCCUCUGGCUCCAAGGCACCUGCCCACCCUGGUGACUGGGGGCUCAGUGCCAAGGGCCCCCCCCACCCAGCACAUCAGUGAGGCGGGGAGGAAGCUGCUGUUUAUCAAGAGAGCCAUGGGCUCUGACUAGGGGUGACAUGCCAGGAAGGCACGGCUGUCCCCGUUUUAUAGGUGAGGAAACUGAGGUUCUGGCAAGGUUGGUGACUAAGGGCACCAGCCUCUGCAUGUGGCUUGAGGCAGGCCUCUCCCUCCUGAGUAAUUGGGGAGCAGCCUGGCUGCCCCUCAGCGGGUGAUGUGCCAGGGGCAGGUAGAGCUGCUCUCUGGGAGGGAUCUGGGGUCCCCUGUCCAAUCCUGGGACCCCCUGCGGGAAAGACGCUGCUGGCCUUGCUGGGCCUCCCCCAGAGGCUGCUCUCUGGGGUGUGGGGAGGGCUGGGGUUCCCUCAGGUGAUGGCUGCCCCAGGUGCACUCAGGUGUUCCAGUGAGUGAGAGGCAGCUGACUGGCAGCCAGGGGUGACUCUGCUUCUGGUCAGUGUUGAGUUCUCCUCCGCCCAGGGCAAGGCCCGCCCGGGCCUCAGCUCCCCACCUGGGCCAUGGAGGCCGCAAGGCCGCUCUGCAGAGCCAAGGUUCUCAGGAAUGGGGGUGUCCGGGUGGUUUCGGCCCAGCAAGUGCUCGCCAGCACCUGCUCCACUUGGGUUCCUGACCUGAGGGGUCAUCCAGGGCCCCCUGGACCACUGAACCACCAAGGCCCUGACUAGGCUGCAUUGGGGCCCCAGGGGCAGCAGGCUGGGGGCCCUCCCUGAGCCUUGUCACCAGGUACCCACCAGUGCCCAUAGCUGUGGGGAGCUUGGACCUGGGGACGGACGGGGCUGCCUGUCAUCCUCCAGAGCACUCAGGGCCCUGACUCGGGGGAUGGCUGUGUCCUGGGCUGACCCUUUCCCUCUGGGGUCCAGCUCAGCUCUGCUCCCAGCCCUGUGCCUCACAGGCUUGGUGGGGGUGGGGGUGGGGUCCCGUGGUGCCAGAGGGGCAGGGUGACACCAAAGCAUGGGGUGGCCCCGCCCAGCCUGUCCACUGCCGCUUGGUGACUCACCUGCCCAGCCUCCAGGAACAGGAGCAUCUAUAAAAACCCAUUGGUCCAGGCCCUGGCACACUGUCUGGCUGCCACCUGCUGCGCUACGAUGCUGGGAGGCCUGGGGAAGCUCGCUGCCGAGGGCCUGGCACACCGCACCGAGAAGGCCACCGAGGAGGCCGGUAAGGACACCGCAGGCCUUUCCGUCUCAGGGCCAGUGGGUGAGCCCAGAGGAGGACUUUUGAGGCAGACGGGAGCCCAGGCUGCUAGGUGAGGAGCUGGCUGCUUAGAUUAUGAGUAUCUCAUACAGAGAAAUGAAGAUGGAUUUUUAUUUUUCUUGUAAUUUUACCGUAUAUCUCUUCAUUAAGAAAUCAGCAGGUCCAAUUGUGUUGUCAGUCACCUGGGUGCAUACAAAGACAUUUUCAAUUGAUUCCAAAUUCCAAAUACCUGUUGUGCAUGCAGGAGGCAGCAGCUGUAUGUGGAAAGGCUGAGGCAGUCUCACCUGUUGGAAAUUAUCGUAAAAAGGACCUUAUGCCCGAGUUUGCUAUUCUGUUUAUAAACGGCUGCAAAUAUGUUCUUGUCCUCAUUUGUAAACUCUGCAGCUGGUGUUAACCUCCCUAUUUAAUCCUUCAUGAACCCUCCGAGUUCCCAUUUUACAGAAGAGGGAACCAAGCAGUGAAGGGUAGAGUUAGAAUUAGAACCACGUCUUCCAACUCCAGAAUCUUCCAGUUCUAGCUCGCUACCAUCUGAACUUGCAAUGGCUCAGAGAGUGGGCAGAGAAUUGUCAUGUGUUGGAGGAGUGGCUUUGGGGGAACUGGUUUGGCUGGAGGAGGCUUCAGGCCCGUGGCGGCACCCCUCCAGCCUGAGCCAUGGUGGCCUGUACAUCCUGGGAGGUGCUGGGAGCUGGGAAGCAGGCCCAGGCGUGGCUGCACGACCUGCUGGCGGGAGCACAUACCUUCUGGUGUUCCAGGCCCAGCUGGGAGCACCUGUGCCCUCCUCGGGCUCCCUCAGCUUGCCCCCCAGCAGCCCAGGCCCCACUUCAGCCUCGGAAGGGAGUCAGCUGGGGGCUCUCUCAUGAGCUGGAGGCUGGGUUUCCAGAACCAUCCGGGCCCAGCUGCAAGGAGGCCUGGGCUCAGGUUAUGCUCUCACUUUGGACUUGUCUCAUCUUUGCAGUUCAUGUGGUGGAGGAGGUGGUGAAGGAGGUGGUGGGCCACGCCAAGGAGGCUGGAGAGAAAGCCAUUGCCGAUGCCUUACAGAAAGCCGAAGAGGCAGGGAGCAGAGUGGCAAAGGAAGUCACCGAGAAGGUGACCAGCACGAUCACAAACACGGUCACACACGCAGCGGAGAGCCUAGGCAACCUGGGCCAGUGAGCACGCCCACCGCCCCGGCCCACCCCCCAUAAAAAUCUGUGAAAUGUGUGCACAAGUCCUGGCUUUAUUCUUAUUUGAAGGGAAACACUGGGCAAAGUAUUUUUCAGGUGAAUCAAUGUGCGUGUACCACAUGUCUCCAUUGCACAACCUGGAGGCCAGUGUGUCGGGCUUGGCGGGUGAGCUCAGCAGGGUUCCCAGCUCAUAGCAGCUGCUGCUGUGUCACACUGAGGUUUCCCAUGGCAGCAAGGAGCUGCUGAGGAAUUGUUAGUGUCU